AUGCUUAGAUGUGAGAUCCACGACGGAGACACAGAGUGGGUGUAUGAAUGGAAGAGUCCACAUGACACAUUUCCAAAUAACAGUGAAUACAGGAUUAGCAAAGCUUCUUCACACCACAGUGGAAACUACAGCUGUAGAGGCAAAAUGAGAAAUGCCCAACACAUUUCAACAGAGUGGAGUGCUAACAUGACAGUGACAGUGUCUAAUUAUCCACCAGCACCUGUCCUCACUGUGUCCUCAUCAUGGCUGAGUCCUGGAGACUCAGUGACUCUGAGCUGUGAGGUUGAACAUCCAUCUGCAGGAUGGAGGUUUUACUGGUAUAAGGCUGUUCCCGAACAACUAGAGGACUCCUACAUCUAUGAGCUGCUACCUGGUAGCAUCAAAGGGACUGAAAAGGAUUCCUACAUCAUUCAUGGGCCGACACACACAGCAGGAUAUACGUGUAGAGCUGGAAGAGGAGACCCAGUGUAUUACACUAGAUACAGCAAACCUGGGUUUGUCUGGUCUGGAGAUGUUCAUUCAGCAGUGACUCUCAAAGUGAGUCCUGACAGAGUGCAGCACUUCUUCUCUGACUCUGUCUCACUGAGCUGUGAAGGAAACUUUACUAAGUGGAGAGUGAAGAGCUUUCCUGAGGGCAGCUACUUCCUAUUCAGGACAGACUGUUCUGACUGGAGGUCCAAGACUGGAUCCACAUGCAGCAUCUACAGAUUACGGCAGAGACAUACAGUGUUCUGGUGUGAGUCUGGAUCAGGAGAGUUCAGCAAUGCAGUCAACAUCACUAGACAGAAUAUUAUCCUGGUGAGCCCUGUGCAUCCUGUGACUGAGGGAGAUUCUGUUAUUCUUAGCUGCAAACUGAGGACAGGAGAAUUACUUUCCAAUGUGUUUUUCUAUCAAAAUGACGAACUUAUCCAAAAUGAUACCAGAGGAGAGCUGAAUAUCUCUGCAGUGUCAAAGUCAGACGAAGGCUUCUACAAGUGUGAAUACUCAGGAAAUGAAUCACCACAGAGUUGGAUGUCAGUUCAGGUGUCCAGGCCUGAAGACUCUUCAUCUCUUAGACCAUUAAUUGUUGGACCGGUUUGUGGAGUAUUUAUUAUUGUUUUGCUCCUGUUGUAUUUCUACAGUCGAUCCAAAGGUGAUGUUUGUGUCUAUGAAUCAAUCAGAGGCUCUGAAGACCCUGAAAACGAUGUUUAUGUCAACUCUGGAGCACAAAGUCAGAAUCUGAAACGAACCAAUCAGCAACAUUGA